UUUUAGCAAAAAGACAAAUAGCGAAAGGUGCAAAAUGACUGGAAAUGCUCAAGAUAUUCCGUCUGAAAAGAAGUUAAGAGACUUUCCCAUUACAUGGCUGAGGAAAAACCUUACAAUAAUAAUAGCACAUGACAUUGACCAUGAUGGCUAUCCAGGCUACAAUGAUUUCAUGACAAUAGCACAGAGAUUAAUCAAGCAUGGUAACGUCAAGGGAAAAGCUGCAGAUGAUGUUAUUGAGUUCUUCCGCUCAUAUGCAAAGCCACCAAAAGAUGGAGCUAGGUCAGAAAUAAUGGGCAAGAGAUCCUUGGGAGAAUUUGUAACUGCAGCCUGGAAGGCUGAACAUAACCCAGGUGUAAUAGAUCUGUUGCGAUCUAAAUAUUCAAGAAUGUUCAAGAUAUUUGAUUUGGACUCCUCUGGUUACAUAACAUUUGACGAAUACUUGGUUUUCUGGCGCGUGUAUGACCUUGACCUACGCUUUGCAAAGAUGCAGUUUGACUACAUGGAUACAGAUGGCGAUGGUAAGAUAUCCGAGGAAGAAUUUGUAAAUGCUGCUGUGGAUUACUACACAUCUUUGGAUGCCGAUACUCCUAAUCGCUUUUAUGGACCUUUAAUAAACUAUUAA